CUAUGUUGAGAAUGGAACGUAUAUUAUAAAUUAUACUUUAUUAGUUUUGUUAAUAAAAAUUAGCGAUAGAUGAAAAUAAUUAUUGUUCGUCUACGAUUAUUUCUUCAAAAACAUUGGUAUAUAUAUCAAAUAAAUAAAAAAAAACAUUCACUUUUAUCGAUCAAAUAACAAAUUUUUUAACCGAUAGAAUAGAAAUAUUUUUUCAUGUGUAAACAUAACGUUACUUUUAUUCAUGGAGAAUGAUACAACUUGUGUUUUUGUUCGAGAUAAAGUACCGCUGGACGAUUUUAAAAGAUUUUUACUUCCUUCGAAAAAUUUUCAGCACCAAUUCUCAAGUAUAUAUUUUACAAGAUUAAAUGCAUUAAGAGAUAACGUAAUACAAAAGGCAAAAACAAAAUGGGCUCCAUAUAAAGUAAUAAAUAUCUCAAAUCUUGUUGAAUUUCAAGAAAAUGAACUCUGUAUCAUCAUAGGAACUCUUUAUAAGCAUCAAGAACUUAAAAAAUCAACCUUGCAAAUGCUUUCAAAAGAACUGCAAUUUUGUCCACAACCAUUACAAUCUAAUUAUGCCUUAUUUAAGAAUAUCUUAUUUUUGGAAGAUGAAACAUUAAGAAUAAAACUAACUGGUAAUCAUAUGAACAUACAAAGUAUUGUAACUGGUAUUGUUUGUGCUAUGCUUGGUCGUCAACAAGAGAAUGGAACAUUUUGGGUAGAGGAUUGGUGUUUUCCAGGAUAUUCUUCAGCACCUUCUACAUCUUGUAUAUCAAUAAAAAAAAGUAAAAUGAUACUAUUAGUUUCUGGAUUAUCUUUGGUAAAUAACAUAAAUUCAUUUGGAUUGACUCUUUUAUCAGAGUGGAUUGUAGGAAUGGCUGGAAAUUCUUGCAUACAAAAAGAAGCUGCACAUAUUGCACAUGUUAUUAUAGCUGGAAAUAGUGUAAGAGGUUUUAUCGAAACAUUUGACCAUAAAAAUUAUUCAAAAAAACAAAAAUAUAAUGAAAUAUUAACUAAGGAAACUCAGGUAGCCACUCAUAGACUUGAUGAAUUUCUUAAACCUAUUGUAAAAUGUUGUUGUGUAACAUUAAUGCCUGGUGAAUUUGAUCCUGUAUGUCAUACAUUGCCUCAACAGCCAUUACAUCCUUGUUUAUUACCACAAACAAUAAGAUUUUACAGAUAUAAGAGUUUUAAUAGUGCUACUAAUCCUUGGGUUGGUUCUAUUGGAUCUCGUAUUAUAGCUGGAUCUAGUGGACAACCAAUUCAAGAUAUUAUGAAAGUUGCUAAUCUUACAGAAAAUACUCCUUUAGCAUGGCUAGAGAAUACAUUAUAUUGGCGACAUUACGUACCUACAGCUCCUGAUAAAUUACCAUCUUAUCCAUAUUUUGAAAAUGAUCCAUUCAUCAUAAAGGAAUGUUUAGACAUAUACUUUGUUGGUAACAUGGAGGAAUAUGAUACAAAAGUAAUAUCUGAUGAAGGACAUAUAGUGAGGUUAGUUUGUAUUCCAAACUUUUCAAAAACUCGAACAGUUGUUUUGCUUGAUUUGGAAAGUCUAGAAACGUUUCCUAUUUCAUUUGAAGCUAGUUUAUGACAUCUAGCAUAUUUCUUUAUAUUUUAUAUUUGUUUUUAUACAAUUUUAAUUGUAUUAUAUCGUAUAAUGUUGUAUUGUAUAUAUAUAUAUAUAUAUGUAUGUAUGUAUUGAAUUGUAAUAUAUU